UUGACUGUUACAGAGUUUUCGUGGUAGAAUUCGUGGUAUUUAUGUCCUAAAUACUAACGAACUUUACAUGUACCUACAAGUUAUAUCACCCUGUGCGGAACCUUGGUAGGCUACAUGUAUACCGCUAUUAUUAUUAUCAGCUAUGGUCUGUUGGUAAUUACGCCCAAACAAAUAAUGCAAAUGAUGGUCAGAGAGUAUUAAUAAUAGAUGAUGACCAUACGCUGACCAGUACAGAAGAUGGAGUCGGAAUAAUACUUAAUUUUGCAAUAAUUACUAAAAUAGUGAGAUCAUAUGAUAAUAAUCCAGCAAAUAAACCUAAGUAUGAUAUGAUAUUGUUUUGAUUUUACCAGUGUGGAUGGUCUCCUCUGCACAUAGCAGUGCUGACAGCGAAUGCAGAUAUGGUGAAAGUAUUCCUGGACAGCGGGGCUGAAGUUGAUGCCGAGAACGAGGAUGGUAGAACCCCAUUAUGUCGGGCAGCAGAGGACAUCGUGAAGCUUCUCCUGGAGCGUGGAGCUGAUCCUAAUAUCACCAAUAAGUGGGGCAGAACACCAUUAUGUUGGGCAGCAGAGGAAGGCCAUGAAGACAUCGUGAAGCUUCUCCUGGAGCAUGGAGCUGAUCCUAAUAUCACCAAUAAGAAUGGCUCGGCUCCAUUACAUGGGGCAGCGUAUAAAGGGCAUGAAGACAUCGUGAAGCUUCUCCUGGAGCAUGGAGCUGAUCCUAAUAUCACGAAUAAGUGUGGCAGAACUCCUUUACAUGGGGCAGCAUUGUACGGCCAUAAAGACUCCGUGAAGCUUCUCCUGGAGCAUGGAGCUGAUCCUCAUAUCACCGAUGUGGUUUGUGGACACAUAAUAUUCUAUAGACAAAAUACCCUGAACUUGGUUGGUAACAUACAUGAUGAUGUUGAUGAUGCACAGAGAAACAGCUUAUGA